AUGCGUCCGCGCUCUCGCCAGAAGACAGUCCUCGUAACAGGAGAAGAUGUGAUCGCUGAACUAAUUGCCGAAGGCUUUGACGCGCUGCAGUUGGACGUGGCGAGCGAGGAGAGCAUAGCUGUCUGCCAUACAGAAGUCCAAGAUAGAACGGGAGGCAGGCUGGAUAUCCUGGUCAACAACGCUGGACGAAUUCACAUCUCCCCCGCCACCGAUCUAUCUAUCCCAGACGUCCGCGCCAACUUCGACACGAACGUCUUCGGCAUCAUGGCAAUGGUCAAAGCCUUCGCGGACGAUCUCAUCGCGGCCCAAGGCCUAAUAAUCAACAUCUCCUCCUGCGCCGCCGUGACGCCGUACAUGUUCGCAUCGGUCUACUGCGCCAGCAAGGGCGCCAUCGCAAGCUACAGCCGCACUCUGAGGCAGGAGCUGCGACCGUUUGGGGUCCGCGUCAUGGUCGUCGUGGCGGGCACCGUCAAGUCCAGGAUCGCUGAGAAGCCGCAGCCCAGUCUCUCGCCGGGCUCGCUGUACGCGAAGAUGAGCGAUUUGUAUGAGCGAUACGUACACCUGAGCCAGGAGGAGGGGGCAACGGAUACGGAGGCUUUUGCGGAGGAGCUGGUUGGGAAUGCGCUGAAGCCUGAGGGCUGGCUUUUCGGGCGGUCGGAUUGGUUGUGGUGUGGUGAUCAUGGCCUGGGAUAA